CAGUAACAAAAAUAGAUUUUAUACAGCACCUGACCUCCAAGUUUUGCUGCUCAGUGAUGAAAUUUUACUAAUAUCUUAAAAGUAAUACAGACUUGUGUAGGUAGUGUUGGUCCCAGUAAAACUGGCUGCUCUGGUAAGUCUGCCAAAUUAUUGUGGAACUGAUGUACUGAGCACUACACAAACUGGUUCUCAGUUCCCAGGAGAAACACAGUAUUCCUGAAGGUAUCUUGUUAGCCUACACUUAAGAGCUCCUGAAUUUUAUGUGGCAAACUGCCUUUUCUUUAACCUAACUAACAAUCUGAAAAUUACUUUGGUACACGUGAAAUUAUAUUUGCUUUUGCUGAACAUGAAAUGUUUCUGAACAUUUGGCAGUUGAUGUACCAUUUUUAAGGCAGCCCAGGAGCGGAGCUCAGGUGGAUUGUGGUGCUGAGCAUGAGAAAUAAGCCGCUGGAAUCAUGCAGGACCUUUGCACAGACUGGGCUGUGUGAAGGUGCAGGCAAGAGGUGUGAGCUGGGCCUUGCCUGGAGCAUGUGGGAUGUUCCUUGGGCUGCUCUGCAGCCUUACCCGGCUGGGCUCGAUGCGAAUUCCUGGAUAAACCUGGUAAAAGAAGGAAGAUUCUGUAAAAUUCUUUUGAGGAUAAUGGUUAAUUAUUUCAGCAGAGCAAACGUGCUUCCAUCCUUUCUGCUCUUUCUGUGGUAAGGAUACAUUUCAUGCCAAUCUUUAGAGCAGGUUCAAGAUACUAAAAUUGUGUUAUUUUACCAUCUCAAUCACUGUUGACUGGUGGGUGCAAAGACAGGCUGCCGGGCUCGUUCUGUGCACUUCUCCAAUUCGUUUCAGCUGUCUGUCCCUACAAAGCUGAGGCUGGGGCAGCAGAGUCUCCUCAGUGUGUGUAACGCGGUGCCAGGCGCCGCCUUUACCCGGGGCUGCAUCGGGCGCAGCCCCUUCGCUUGGGGAGCAGCGCAGGAGCGGUUGUGGCGCGGCGCUCCGUGUUGGUAAAGGCUCGCGUGCCGCACUCCGUCUGUUCCCGCCGCUUCCCAGAGAUUCGUCUCAGCCUCAGACACUGCUCUGGCUCUCCUCCGUCCGCAGGGCUGCGCUCGUGUAUUCUGGCUCGGUGCUGCGGGCCCGGGCCGGGCCAUGGCGACACGGGAGGCGCCGCGCGGUUUCCAUGGCGACACUGACCCCGCGCGGCCGCCGUAGAAGGGGCGGGCGGCGCGCGCGGCCCGGCGGGGCGGGGAAUGGCGGCGGCCGCGUUCGAGCGGCGCGUGCUGCGGUGCGCGGCCGAGCAUCACUAUCUGCGCGUGCGCCUGGAGCUGCCCGACGGCGGGGCCCGGCCGAACGCCGCGCAGUUCAAGCAGCUGGUGGUGACCGCGCUGAGGGAGCUGCACGGAGAGGCUGGAGCAGCUUUGCCUUUUGAUGUCUUAACAUAUGAGGAAAAAACUCUGUCUGCCAUAUUAAGAGUAAUUAGCAGUGGCCUUGUCAAGCUGUGGAGUGCUCUAACCUUGCUGGGCUUCUACCAGAGCAGGAGGUGUGCCUUCCGGGUGCUGCAGGCAUCUCCAUUUCUACUUGCGUUAUCCGGCAACAGCAGAGAAUUAGUCUUGGACUGAAUGCAGUUGUUGGUUCAGCUGCACGCAGGAGAAGUUCCUGGAAAUGUUGUGGCCCUUCAGGCGUGGAAUUUCUGGAGGGAUUUUCCAACAAGGAGCCCUGACAAAGCCAACGUUUUUCAACUCACUGCUUGGACAUCCUGUAUUUCAGAACUUACACAUAAAAGUUGGAGACAAAGCUGAACUCAGCAAAGCUUUUACACAGAAUGAUGUAGUUACUUUUUCUUAUUUAACAGGCGACACAAAUCCUUUGCAUUUAAAUGAAGAGUUUGCAAAGAAAUCUAGGUUUGGGAGAACUGUUGUCCAUGGAGUUCUGAUCAAUGGACUUAUUUCUGCAGUUCUGGGUACCAAAAUGCCUGGUCAAGGAUGUAUAUUUCUUUCCCAGGAGAUUCGUUUUCCAGCUCCUUUGUAUGUUGGUGAAGAAGUCACAGCUGCAGCAGAAGUGAAACGACUGAAGGGUUCUGUUGCACACAUUUCUGUAUCGUGUCAGGUCAGAGAAAGUGGGAAAACUGUUAUGGAAGGGAUGGUGAAAGUCAUGGUGCCAGAGGGUUAGAGCUGUUCAUCAUGUACAACUUGGUUUGGAGUCUCUUUUUAUGUGACAUCACUAAAACCAGUACAUUUGCAAUAAAAGCCUUUCAGAAUGUCUGAAAGUGCACAAACUUAA